AUGGACACUGACAUUAUAUUAUGUUCAAUCUGUCACAUUAAUCCAAUCAAAUACACCUGUCCAGCAUGCCUGACCAAAACAUGUUCUUUGCAAUGUGUAAAACGACACAAGAAACAAACAGAAUGUACUGGGAAACCAAAUAUAACCAAAUAUAUCCCCAAAAAUGAAUUAUCAUCCACCAAUGUCCAUCUCAACCGAGAUUAUAAUUUCUUAUUGAAUGUUGAUCGAACCAUCCAACUCGCUAAGGAUGAUAUAAAAACCAAUGCAAAGAAUUUGUUUAAACGACCUUAUCAUCAACAACGACCAAACACCACUCAAAAACGAUUCAAGAAGGCAAGUGACAACGCUACACAACAAGAGGAUAAGAGGAUAGCUUCCAUACAUGGCGUAUUCCCCAAUGAUCCACCUACGGUGAUUAAACGACAUAACACCUUGAUUAUCCAACUUCCUCCAGGAAUGCACCGAUCCAGUUCGAAUAAGACGGGAUAUGAUAAGAAAUUAGGGAUGUUUGUAUGGACAAUCGAAUGGAUUCAUUUGGAUCUGGAUGGAAAAGAAGUGGCUAAAUUUGUGAGUUAUAGAUUGAAAGAGGCGUUGUCAUUACGAGAUGCAGUAUGUAUGAGUAAUUUACUCAAGGGUGUUGAAGAUAAGACUUCAUUGAGAUUUUAUUUACUGAAUGUGAUUAAUAAUCCUAAAGGGUCAGUAAUUGAAUUGGAUCCAGAGUCAAAUAUUUCAGAUGCACUUAAGGAUAAAAUAUUAUUAGAAUAUGCCACUAUAUAUGUCACUACCGAUGAGAAAGUACUUGCCGAUAGAGUAGUCUCCGAGAAAUUGGCUUAUGGAUUAGAAGUUGAAGUUGAAAGUACUUCCGAUUCUGACAGUACUGGAUCAGACUCGAGCAGCGAUGAGUCUUCUUCUGACAGUAGCAGUUCUGAUGAAGAGGAAGAGGAUGAGUCUGAUUCUGAUAGCGGACCAGAAGAGGCGUCACUGAAACCGCCUGGAGUGAUCAAGUUUCAAGAUGAGGACCCACCAAAGUUGAUAGAAGAGAUCAACCCGGAAGAAACCGCCUCUACCACCACAACAGAAACAACAGCAUUACAAGAUGUAGAUUAA